AUGAUACACGAGGGCAAAAAGGCGGAUGACUUCGAUCCUGCCACCAACGGCAAUAUGGUAGACGAACCGGAGUGGGCGACGGAGAAGUAUGCGGAGCCAAAACGCUCACGUACGGGGGGGUUCUUGCGGUGGAUGUUCGAAAUAAUGCGGCCAGCAAUCUUUACCAAGUCGCCCGCGCGCAAGCAGCAGCUUCGACGGACGGCAUAUCUCGAUGGGCUGAGAGGAUUUGCGGCAUUCAUCGUGUACUGGCAUCACCAUCAGAUGUGGCCUCGAGAAUCGAUAGGCGCGGAUAUCAUCUUCGAAAAUGCGUACGGUUUCAAGGACAAAUACUUCAUGGCUACAUUACCAUUCAUACGGACAUUCUUCAGUGGUGGACACUUUGCGGUGUCUAUCUUCUUUGUUAUUUCUGGAUACGUUUUGUCUACCAAACCGCUGGCUUUGAUAUAUGCCAGUGAUUUCGAGAAGCUGGGAGAUAACCUCAGCUCGGCACUGUUCAGACGUUGGAUCAGACUUCAUGUCCCUGUUAUGUUUACCACAUUCUUCUAUAUGCUUUCCUGGCAUCUAUUUGGCAUCUGGACUGCCUCCCCCGACCACCAGGACACGUUCCGUCAUGAGUUAUGGAAUUGGUACGCGGAAUUCAAAAACUUCAGUUUCGUCUUCAGAACCGGUGGUGUGGAUUGGUUUACAUACAGUUUCCAUACCUGGUCUAUUCCAGUCGAAUUCAGAGGAUCCCUCAUCAUAUACACAUCUCUCCUUGCGUUUUCAAGGUGCACGAGAAACGCGCGACUCCUGUGUCAACUUGGACUUGUAAUCUACUUUUUAUACAUCGCAGAUGGCUGGUUCGGCGCCUUAUUCGUCUCCGGCAUGCUCCUCUGCGACCUCGAAAUGCUCGCUCGCAACAACGACCUCCCACAAUUCUUCACCCUCUUCGAGCGCUCCAAAAAACUCCUCUGGCCCGCCAUGUUCCUCGUCGGAAUCUUCCUCGGCGGCGUCCCCUCCAACAGCAAAGACAUGGACAUCCUCCGCAACUCGCAAGGCUGGUACCUCCUCUCCUUCCUCAAACCGCAAGCCGUCUUCGACCCCAAAUGGUUCUACCUCUUCUACGCGGGCCUCUUCAUCGUGGCCUCAACGCCCCAUCUCGGCCCCAUCAAACGCUUCUUCGAGCUCCGCUUCAACCAAUACCUCGGCCGCAUCUCCUUCUCCCUCUACCUCAUCCACGGCCCCGUCCUCUGGAUCCUCGGCGACAGACUCUACACGGCCGUCGGCUUCCAUCGCGAGGCCCAUCUCAUCCACACCCCUGAGUGGGUCGACAUCUUCCCGCUCUCCCACCGCGGGCCGCUGGGCCUCGAAUUCGCGUUCCUCGCGCCUCACAUCAUUAUCCUGCCCUUUACGCUGUGGCUGGCCGAGGUGGUGACGAAAUUGGCGGAUGAACCGGCGGUCAAAUUCUCGAAUUGGUUGCAUAAGAGGGCGUUGGGUGCGCCGCCUAGUGUUUUGAGUUCGUGA